CGUAUCACACACACCCACGUCCGUACACAUCAACCAGACCCAUUUUGCAACGGCAAAGCUGCUGGCCUCCCCGGCCUGGUGUCAUCACAAGCCCAACUGUGUCGGAGCAACCUGGAGCUCAUGCAGACCAUCAUCGCUGCAGCCCGCGAGGUCAAGAAGACCUGCCAGAAGACCUUCGCUGACAUGCGUUGGAACUGUUCCUCUAUUGAUAUCCCCAGUGACUCCUUGAGGUAUCGUCCGGACCUUGACAGAGGUAGGCCUACUAGUCACAAUCUAGGGGAGACGGGUUGGUUAUCACACAUUUUACUCUUGUGUGUAUUUCUCAGCACCAGUAUAUCUUACAAGCCUUUUCAAUAUUAGGAGAAAGACCAAGGUCUUGGGUUGAAAUGGGGACCCUCAUAUCUUAUUCCAACAUGGAGUUAUACGCCUUCAAACACACUAUGUCCACUUGUGACAACCAGCCCUAUCGCGGGAUUGGAUGUCACACAGUACGUUGUUGGUUGUCACAAUGUUUGCUAGUAGCUUAUUCGUUUGUAACAGGAAAUGAAGCAAUAUAGCAUACAGAGUCUUAGAAAUAGCCUUUCUUUGAUCGAAAGAUAUUCCUAAUAAAUUCAACAUUUUAUGCUGUGAGAAAAACAUGUGACAUUUUGAGUAAAUGUGUGUGUAUGUGUGUGUUUGCACAAGCAUGUGUGCGUGUGUGGGUGUGUGACGGAAUAAAUAUGUGUGUGAGAGAGCGGCAACGAAGGGAGCUUUUUAUAGCACAAGCACAAAAGAGCUUGGGAUUUAUUAUAAUGGAGUUGAGUGACAACCAACCCUAAUGCUAAUAAAGAUGCUAGUUACCAUAUGGUUGGACCUAAGAUCUCAGAAAAUAGGUUUGAAAUAUAGCUCUCCCUUUCCUCUUUUCAACAAACAUAAUUGUUCAUGGAUACUCUCAUAAUUAAAACAAAAAAGUAAAGAAAAUCCCCCCUCACCUAUGAAAAACACAAAUUCCCCUCACCUCAAUGUUUGUCAUGCUGACAUGAAUUGACCAGGUGGAUAAGUUAUUUUAAAGAAUUCACACAUGUUAACCUUACAAAUAUUAAACACAGUGCUAUUUAAAUUGGGAGUAAUAACAACCAACCCAAGAUUCUCUCUGGUGUUUACAGAACAUUGGUGCUGUGACAUUAGGAUAGAGUGGCUUGCGAAACUAUUCACCCCCCUUGGCAUUUUUCCUAUUUUGUUGCCUUACAACCUGGAAUUAAAAUGGAUUUUUGGGGGGGGGUUGCAUCAUUUGAUUUACACAACAUGCCUACCACUUUGAAGAUGCAAAAUAAUUUUUGGGGUUGAAACAAACAAGAAAUAAGACAAAAAAACAGAAACCUUGAGCGUACAUAACUAUUCACCCCCCCCAAAGUCAAUACUUUGUAAAGCCACCUUUUGCAGCAAUUACAGCUGCAUGUCUCUUGGGGUAUGUCUCUAUAAGCUUGGCACAUCUAGCCACUGGGAUUUUUGCCCAUUCUUCAAGGCAAAACUGCUCCCGCUCCUUCAAGUUGGAUGGGUUCCGCUGGUGUACAGCAAUCUUUAAGUCAUACCACAGAUUCUCAAUUGGAUUGAGGUCUGGGCUUUGACUAGGCCAUUCCAAGACAUUUAAAUGUUUCCCAUUAAACCACUCAAGUGUUGCUUUAGCAGUAUGCGUAAGGUCAUUGUCCUGCUGGAAGGUGAACCUCCGUCCCAGUCUCAAAUCUCUGGAAGACUGAAAAAGGUUUCCCUCAAGAAUUUCCCUGGAUUUAGCGCCAUCCAUCAUUCCUUCAAUUCUGACCAGUUUCCCAGUCCCUGCCGAAGAAAAACAUCCCCAAAGCAUGAUGCUGACACCACCAUGCUUCACUGUGGGGAUGGUGUUCUCUGGGUGAUGAGAGGUGCUGGGUUUGCGCCAGACAUAGCGUUUUCCUUGAUGGCCAAAAAGCUCAAUUUUAGUCUCAUCUGACCAGAGUACCUUCUUCCAUACGUUUGGGGAGUCUCCCACAUGCCUUUUUGUCGAACACCAAACGUGUUUGCUUCUUUUUUUCUUUAAGCAAUGGCUUUUUUCUGGCCACUCUUCCGUAAAACCCAGCUCUGUGGAGUGUACGGCUUAAAGUGGUCCUAUGGACAGAUACUCCAAUCUCCGCUGUGGAGCAUUGCAGCUCCUUCAGGGUUAUCUUUGGUUUCUUUGUUGCCUCUCUGAUUAAUGCCCUCCUUGCCUGGUCCGUGAGUUUUGGUGGGCGACCCUCUCUUGGCUGGUUUGUUGUGGUGCCAUAUUCUAUCAAUCUUUUAAUAAUGGAUUUAAUGGUGCUCUGUGGGAUGUUCAAAGUUUCAGAUGUUUUUUAAUAACCCAACCCUGAUCUGUACUUCUCCACAACUUUGUCCCUGACCUGUUUGGAGAGCUCCUUGGUCUUCAUGGUGCCGCUUGCUUGGUGGUGCCCCUUGCUUAGUAGUGUUGCAGACUCUGGGGCCUUUCAUAACAGGUAUAUACAGUGGGGAGAACAAGUAUUUGAUACACUGCCGAUUUUGCAGGUUUUCCUACUUACAAAGCAUGUAGAGGUCUGUAAUUUUUUAUCAUAGGUACACUUCAACUGUGAGAGACGGAAUCUAAAACAAAAAUCCUGAAAAUCACAUUGUAUGAUUUUUAAAUAAUUAAUUUGCAUUUUAUUGCAUGACAUAAGUAUUUGAUACAUCAGAAAAGCAGAACAUAAUAUUUGGUACAGAAACCUUUGAUUGCAAUUACAGAGAUCAUACGUUUCCUGUAGGUCUUGACCAGGUUUGCAGACACUGCAGCAGGGAUUUUGGCCCACUCCUCCAUACAGGCCUUCUCCAGAUCCUUCAGGUUUCGGGGCUGUCGCUGGGCAAUACGGACUUUCAGCUCCCUCCAAAGAUUUUCUAUUGGGUUCAGGUCUGGAGACUGGCUAGGCCACUCCAGGACCUUGAGAUGCUUCUUACGGAGCCACUCCUUAGUUGCCCUGGCUGUGUGUUUCGGGUCAUUGUCAUGCUGGAAGACCCAGCCACGAACCAUCUUCAAUGCUCUUACUGAGGGAAGGAGGUUGUUGGCCAAGAUCUCGCGAUACAUGGCCCCAUCCAUCCUCUCCUCAAUACGGUGCAGUCGUCCUGUCCCCUUUGCAGAAAAGCAUCCCCCCAAAGAAUGAUGUUUCCACCUCCAUGCUUCACGGUUGGGAUGGUGUUCUUGGGGUUGUACUCAUCCUUCUUCUUCCUCCAAACACGGCGAGUGGAGUUUAGACCAAAAAGCUCUAUUUCUGUCUCAUCAGACCACAUGACCUUCUCCCAUUCCUCCUCUGGAUCAUCCAGAUGGUCACUGGCAAAUUUCAGACGGGCCUGGACAUGCGCUGGCUUGAGCAGGGGGACCUUGCGUGCGCUGCAGGAUUUUAAUCCAUGACGGCGUAGUGUGUUACUAAUGGUUUUCUUUGAGACUGUGGUCCCAGCUCUCUUCAGGUCAUUGACCAGGUCCUGCCGUGUAGUUCUGGGCUGAUCCCUCACCUUCCUCAUGAUCAUUGAUGCCCCACGAGGUGAGAUCUUGCAUGGAGCCCCAGACCGAGGGUGAUUGACCGUGAUCUUGAACCUCUUCCAUUUUCUAAUAAUUGCGCCAACAGUUGUUGCCUUCUCACCAAGUUGCUUGCCUAUUGUCCUGUAGCCCAUCCCAGCCUUGUGCAGGUCUACAAUUUUAUCCCUGAUGUCCUUACACAGAUCUCUGGUCUUGGCCAUUGUGGAGAGGUUGGAGUCUGUUUGACUGAGUGUGUGGACAGGUGUCUUUUAUACAGGUAACGAGUUCAAACAGGUGCAGUUAAUACAGGUAAUGAGUGGAGAACAGGAGGGCUUCUUAAAGAAAAACUAACAGGUCUGUGAGAGCUGGAAUUCUUACUGGUUGGUAGGUGAUCAAGUACUUACAGUGGGGAAAAAAAGUAUUUAGUCAGCCACCAAUUGUGCAUGUUCUCCCACUUAAAAAGAUGAGAGAGGCCUGUAAUUUUCAUCAUAGGUACACGUCAACUAUGACAGACAAAAUGAGAAAAAAAAAUCCAGAAAAUCACAUUGUAGGAUUUUUUAUGAAUUUAUUUGCAAAUUAUGGUGGAAAAUAAGUAUUUGGUCAAUAACAAAAGUUUCUCAAUACUUUGUUAUAUACCCUUUGUUGGCAAUGACACAGGUCAAACGUUUUCUGUAAGUCUUCACAAGGUUUUCACACACUGUUGCUGGUAUUUUGGCCCAUUCCUCCAUGCAGAUCUCCCCUAGAGCAGUGAUGUUUUGGGGCUGUCGCUGGGCAAUACGGACUUUCAACUCCCUCCAAAUAUUUUCUAUGGGGUUGAGAUCUGUAGACUGGCUAGGCAACUCCAGGACCUUGAAAUGCUUGUUACGAAGCCACUCCUUCGUUGCCCGGGUGAUGUGUUUGGUCAUGCUGAAAGACCCAGCCACAUUUCAUCUUCAAUGCCCUUGCUGAUGGAAGGAGGUUUUGACUCAAAAUCUCACGAUACAUGCCCCAUUCAUUCUUUCUUUUACACGGAUCAGUCGUCCUGGUCCCUUUGCUGAAAAACAGCCCCAAAGCAUGAUAUUUCCACCCCCAUGCUUCACAGUAGGUAUGGUGUUCUUUGGAUGCAACUCAGCAUUCUUUGUCCUCCAAACACGACGAGUUGAGUUUUUACCAAAAAGUUCUAUUUUGGUUUCAUCUGACCAUAUGACAUUCUCCCAAUCCUCUUCUGGAUCAUCCAAAUGCACUCUAGCAAACUUCAGACGGGCCUGGACAUGUACUGGCUUAAGCAGGGGGACACGUCUGGCACUGCAGGAUUUAAGUCCCUGGCAGCGUAGUGUGUUACUGAUGGUAGGCUUUGUUACUUUGGUCCCAGCUCUCUGCAGGUCAUUCACUAGGUCCCCCCGUGUGGUUCUGGGAUUUUUGCUCACCGUUCUUGUGAUCAUUUUGACCCCACGGGGUGAGAUCUUGCGUGGAGCCCCAGAUCGAGGGAGAUUAUCAGUGGUCUUGUAUGUCUUCCAUUUCCUAAUAAUUGCUCCCACAGUUGAUUUCUUCAAACCAAGCUGCUUACCUAUUGCAGAUUCAGUCUUCCCAGCCUGGUGCAGGUCUACAAUUUUGUUUCUCGUGUCCUUUGACAGCUCUUUGGUCUUGGCCAUAGUGGAGUUUGGAGUGUGACUGUUUGAGGUUGUGGACAGGUGUCUUUUAUACUGAUAACAAGUUCAAACAGGUGCCAUUAAUACAGGUAACGAGUGGAGGACAGAGGAGCCUCUUAAAGAAGAAGUUACAGGUCUGUGAGAGCCAGAAAUCUUGCUUGUUUGUAGGUGACCAAAUACUUAUUUUCCACCAUAAUUUGCAAAUAAAUUCAUAAAAAAUCCUACAAUGUGAUUUUCUGGAUUUUUUUUCCUCAAUUUCUCUGUCAUAGUUGACGUGUACCUAUGAUGAAAAUUACAGGCCUCUCUCAUCUUUUUAAGUGGGAGAACUUGCACAAUUGGUGGCUGACUAAAUACUUUUUUCCCCCACUGUAUGUCAUGCAAUAAAAUGCAAAUUAAUUACUUAAAAAUCAUACAAUGUGAUUUUCUGGAUUUUUGUUUUAGAUUCCGUCUCUCACAGUUGAAGUGUACCUAUGAUAAAAAUUACAGACCUCUACAUGCUUUGUAAGUAGGAAAACCUGCAAAAUCGGCAGUGUAUCAAAUACUUGUUCUCCCCACUGUAUAUACUGAGAUCAUGUGACUCUUAGAUUACACACAGGUGGACUUUAUUUAACUAAUUAUGUGACUUCGGAAGGUAAUUGGUUGCACCAGAUCUUAUUUAGGGGCUUCAUAGCAAAGGGGGUGAAUACAUAUGCACGCACCACUUUUCCGUUAUUAAUUUUUUUGAAUUUUUUGAAUCAAGUUAUUUUUUGAAUUUCACUUCACCAAUUUGGAUUAUUUUGUAUAUGUCCAUUACAUGAAAUCCAAAGAAAAAUCCAUUUAAAUUACAGGUUGUAAUGCAACAAAAUAGGAAAAACGCCAAGGGGGAUGAAUACUUUUGCAAGGAACUGUAUUAGGGCCUGCUUAGAGAAAGCAAUUGUAGCAGUAGAGAAUGUAUGAGAAAAAAUGAAUGGCUGAAGUAUUGAUGAUGAUUAUGAGUAUAUGAUGCAUGGAAUGUUAAAGUAUAAGUGUAUGACUGCGUGUAUUCUUAUUUUUAAAUGUAUGUAGUUCUGUCCUUGAGCUGUUCAUGUCUAUUAAUGUUCUGUAUUAUGUCAUGUUUUAUGUUUUGUGUGGACCCCAGGAAGAGUAGCUGCUGCUUUAGCAGUAACUAAUGGGGAUAUUAAUAAAAUGCCAAAUACCAAAACCCAUGAGACAACAAACCACAGUCUCCCCUACUGUUUAUGGUGGUUAAAACUAGGAGGAGAAUAAGGGGGAAAAACUCUAGCACACUGCAGUAAACUACAUGAAGAUCGAUUGAUUGAAAUGGUGGUGUAAGAUCCAUUGUGCUAGGUGUGCAACCUAUACGUUUUUUUCAAUAGAUCACUAGGAGUGAUCAUCUCAGACCAAAUUAUCAGCACAGUAGAAACUCUGUGUCCUUGGUGGGAUUCAAAAAGCUAAUCCAAGUGUUGCAGGAGAUCAUUUACAAGAGAGAGUUUAAAGCCUUAAUCAUCGUCCUUGGUGGUCUUUUGUGCUCUGAGGGCAGAGCAGACUGUGCCAAGCAAAGGCUACCCUUCUUCUUUGUGUCGCCUUGAAAGAAAGAAAAUUGUCCUCUAUCACCCUAGCCACCCACCUCCCUAAUAUCCGUGCUACAAAGUCCUUCUCUUUAUGUUACAAGUACUUGGUGUGGUUUUCUUCAUAUCUUAACAGUGCCUUGACUCACUUUUGUGGCACAAUAUAUUCCAUUCUUCAUGUGAGAGAUAGUAUUGAGUUUGACAGUGACUAUUAGAAGUGAUCUAGACAUCUUUUUUGUGGCAUCUCAUCCUUCUCAGUUUUAAAUUCCUUUUACGUGAUACAUUACCUACACGCAUCUGGUUUUCUAUAGUAAUGCAAGAUGUUAAAUAUUAUCAGCGAACUCAACUGAACAUACGUCUUAUGAAUAGGCAGGCUCUUAGUUGCUCCCUCCAGUACAAAGCAUUAGUAAUGUAUACAGUACGUGCCUACAGAUUUUGCUCGAUCAUCGUCUCAUUAUAUGCACACUCCUUUCAAUGACUUGUCUGAGAGUCUUUCCGUGUUCUGGACUUCUACUUUGAUGGGUUUAUUUCCAUUGCCAAAAGGAUCUUUGCUGAGCCAGACAGAGCCAAUGUUAGUUCCAGUUUUACUGAGUUUGGGUGAAGAUAUACAGUGGGGAGAACAAGUAUUUGAUACACUGCCGAUUUUGCAGGUUUUCCUACUUACAAAGCAUGUAGAGGUCUGUAAUUUUUAUCAUAGGUACACUUCAACUGUGAGAGACGGAAUCUAAAACAAAAAUCCAGAAAAUCACAUUGUAUGAUUUUUAAGUAAUUCAUUUGCAUUUUAUUGCAUGACAUAAGUAUUUGAUCACCUACCAACCAGUAAGAAUUCCAGCUCUCACAGACCUGUUAGUUUUUCUUUAAGAAGCCCUCCUGUUCUCCACUCAUUACCUGUAUUAACUACACCUGUUUGAACUCGUUACCUGUAUAAAAGACACCUGCCACACACUCAAUCAAACAGACUCCAACCUCUCCACAAUGGCCAAGACCAGAGAGCUGUGUAAGGACAUCAGGGAUAAAAUUGUAGACCUGCACAAGGCUGGGAUGGGCUACAGGACAAUAGGCAAGCAGCUUGGUGAGAAGGCAACAACUGUUGGCGCAAUUAUUAGAAAAUGGAAGAAGUUCAAGAUGACGGUCAAUCACCCUCGGUCUGGGGCUCCAUGCAAGAUCUCACCUCGUGGGGCAUCAAUGAUCAUGAGGAAGGUGAGGGAUCAGCCCAGAACUACGGCAGAACCUGGUCAAUGACCUGAAGAGAGCUGGGACCACAGUCUCAAAGAAAACCAUUAGUAACACACUAUGCCGUCAUGGAUUAAAAUCCUGCAGCGCACGCAUGGUCCCCCUGCUCAAGCCAACGCAUGUCCAGGCCCGUCUGAAAUUUGCCAGUGACCAUCUGGAUGAUCCAGAGGAGGAAUGGGAGAAGGUCAUGUGGUUUGAUGAGACAAAAAUAGAGCUUUUUGGUCUAAACUCCACUCGCCGUGUUUGGAGGAAGAAGAAGGAUGAGUACAACCCCAAGAAUAGCAUCCCAACCAUGAAGCAUGGAGGUGGAAACAUCAUUCUUUGGGGAUGCUUUUCUGCAAAGGGGACAGGACGACUGCACCGUAUUGAGGGGAGGAUGGAUGGGGCCAUGUAUCGCGAGAUCUUGGCCAACAACCUCCUUCCCUCAGUAAGAGCAUUGAAGAUGGGUCGUGGCUGGGUCUUCCAGCAUGACAACGACCCGAAACACACAGCCAGGGCAACUAAGGAGUGGCUCCGUAAGAAGCAUCUCAAGGUCCUGGAGUGGCCUAGCCAGUCUCCAGACCUGAACCCAAUAGAAAAUCUUUGGAGUGAGCUGAAAGUCCGUAUUGCCCAGCGACAGCCCCAAAACCUGAAGGACCUGAAGUUCUGCUUUUCUGAUGUAUCAAAUACUUAUGUCAUGCAAUAACAUGCCAAUUAAUUACUUAAAAAUCAUACAACGUGAUUUUCUGGAUUUUUGUUUUAGAUUCCGUCUCUCACGGUUGAAGUGUACCUAUGAUAAAGAUUGCAGACCUCUACAUGCUUUGUAAGUAGGAAAACCUGCAAAAUCGGCAGUGUAUCAAAUACUUGUUCUCCCCACUGUAUAUAUAUAUAUUAAAAAAACACAACAAAGAGCUGGCUCCUAAUCAAAGGUUUAAGGAGAUAGCUCCACGAUGAUACGACUCAGGAAAAGACAAGCUCCAUCUGUCAACUGUUAGACCAGUCUUAAGAAGCCCCUGGCCGACUAUAGACUAGUGGUCUUCUUCAUACAGGGAUGUUUUUGUGGUCUGGCUGGUUCUUCCUGUCUCCUACCUCCAUCGUCCAGCAUUGACAUAUCUGCCCUCUGUGUGUACACACUUCAUCACCUAUAUUACAUCCAUAUGAUCCACUCCGGCUGUAUAACCAUAUCUGUCUAGUGACUCUCUCAUGUUACCCUUACUGAGGUUUCACUUGGAAAACUGUUCGAUGAUACAAUAGAUAAAGGUUAGAUGAAUGGAAAACAAAAAUUAUACUCACUGAUGUCUUUUCCCUCACUCAAAAGGCCUUGUCUUGUUCCCAACAGGCACGAGGGAGUCAGCAUUCGUGUAUGCCCUGUCUGCGGCGGCCAUCAGCCACACCAUAGCGCAGGCGUGCACGUCGGGGGACCUGCGGCUGUGUUCGUGUGGCCCCAUCCCCGGGGAGAUCCCUGAGCCGGGCUACCGCUGGGGUGGCUGUGCAGACAACCUGCACUACGGCCUGGUCAUGGGCUCCAAGUUCUCUGACGCCCCCAUGAAGAUGAAGAAGGCAGGCUCCCACGCCAACAAGCUGAUGCACCUGCACAACAGUGAAGUGGGGAGACAGGUACAAAGUCAUCUUAUUAUCACAGAUCACUGAUGACUUACUGUUCAUUCUAUGUAGUAGUAUUCAGAGGUGGGACCAAGUCACUAUUAUUCGAGUCACAAGCAAGUCUCAAGUCACAAGGUCCGAGUCUCAAGUCGAGUCCCAAGUAGAACGAGCCGAGUCUCGAGUCAAAUCUAAGUUUUUUCAAGUCAAGUCUCAAGUCAAGUUUUUAAAAAAAUCUAUACAUGCAAUGACUGUUUAUUGAGGCUUCCAGAUAGCCCUUUUCAUUAUUUUGUCUAUAACACAUUUAGAUUAUUUUAUAAUAUAUUUUUGCAACUAAUUCCAAAUGUAUACAUUUCAAGCAGUUUUGACACACCAAAAUACCAGUAGCUAGGCCUAUGCUAGUAAUUGUUGAUUGAUGCCCCAUUGCUGGUGAGCUUGCAAAGUAAAAAGUUAAUAUUCUUGAUCACCAAACAAAUUAUGGAGCUAGAUAUUUAUUUAUGGUAAUCCUCUCUCCCUAGCUAGCUCAGUGGUUCUCAAACUUUUUGACCCAAAAGCCCCAAAAAGAAGUGGUUGAAAGCUUGCGACCCACACACACACACACAUGCCUGAUGCACAUACAGUGAGGUAAAAAAGUAUUUGAUCCCCUGCUGAUUUUGUAUGUUUGCCCACUGACAAAGACAUGAUCAGUCUAUAAUUUUAAUGGUAGGUUUAUUUGAACAGUGAGAGACAUAAUAACAACAAAAUAAUCCAGAAAAAUGCAUGUCAAAAAAGUAUUUGACCCCCUCUCAAUCAGAAAGAUUUCUGGCUCCCAGGUGUCUUUUAUACAGGUAACGAGCUGAGAUUAGGAGCACACUCUUAAAGGGAGUUCUCCUAAUCUCAGUUUGUUACCUGUAUAAAAGACACCUGUCCACAGAAGCAAUCAAUCAAUCAGAUUCCAAACUCUCCACAAUGGCCAAGACCCAAGAUAUCUCCAAGGAUGUCAGGGACAAGAUUGUAGACCUACACAAGGCUGGAAUGGGCUACAAGACCAUCGCCAAGCAGCUUGGUGAGAAGGUGACAACAGUUGGUGCGAUUAUUCGCAAAUGGAAGAAACACAAAAUAACUGUCAAUCUCCCUCGGCCUGGGGCUCCAUGCAAGAUCUCACCUCGUGGAGUUGCAAUGAUCAUGAGAACGGUGAGGAAUCAGCCCAGAACUACACGGGAGGAUCUUGUCAAUGAUCUCAAGGCAGCUGGGACCAUUGUCACCAAGAAAACAAUUGGUAACACACUAUGCCGUGAAGGACUGAAAUCCUGCAGCGCCUGCAAGGUCCCCCUGCUCAAGAAAGCACAUAUACAGGCCCGUCUGAAGUUUGCCAAUUAACAUCUGAAUGAUUCAGAGGAGAACUGGGUGAAAGUGUUGUGGUCAGAUGAGACCAAAAUGGAGCUCUUUGCCAUCAACUCAACUCGCCGUGUUUGGAGGAGGAGGAAUGCUGCCUAUGACCCCAAGAAUACCAUCCCCACCGUCAAACAUGGAGGUGGAAACAUUAUGCUUUGGGGGUGUUUUUCUGCUAAGGGGACAGGACAACUUCACCCCAUCAAAGGGACGAUGGACGGGGCCAUGUACCGUCAAAUGUUGCGUGAGAACCUCCUUCCCUCAGCCAGGGCAUUAAAAAUGGGUCGUGGAUGGGUAUUCCAGCAUGACAAUGACCCAAAACACACGGCCAAGGCAACAAAGGAGUGGCUCAAGAAGAAGCACAUUAAGGUCCUGGAGUGGCCUAGCCAGUCUCCAGACCUUAAUCCCAUAGAAAAUCUGUGGAGGGAACUGAAGGUUCGAGUUGCCAAACGUCAGCCUCGAAACCUUAAUGACUUGGAAAAGAUCUGCAAAGAGGAGUGGGACAAAAUCCCUCCUGAGAUGUGUGCAAACCUGGUGGCCAACUACAAGAAACGUCUGACCUCUGUGAUUGCCAACAAGGGUUUUGCCACCAAGUACUAAGUCAUGUUUUGCAGAGGUGUCAAAUACGUAUUUCCCUCAUUAUAAUGCAAAUACAUUUAUAACAUUUUUGACAUGCAUUUUUCUGGAUUUUUUUGUUGUUAUUCUGUCUCUCACUGUUCAAAUAAACCUACCAUUAAAAUUAUAGACUGAUCAUGUCUUUGUCAGUGAGCAAACGUACAAAAUCAGCAGGGGAUCAAAUACUUUUUUCGCUCACUGUACGCUAACACGCGCACACAAUCGCUGCGCAAAUGUAGCCUGUCAUUACAGCCAUUACAGCCAUUCCUGUUAGCAGCCAAUAACAACUAGGGAUAUCAUGUCACUUCUUUGAGUCCAGAGCAAGCAAAAACAUACGGCCGACCUGUAUGCAGCGGAGGUUGCAGGAUCGACUGGAAAGCAUUGUCUGUCUGCACAGCACGCUUAGCACUAUCACUUUGGAGGGUCGCCUGCCUGCCGAAUGCUCGUUGCCAACUGAACUGGGUAGCCCUUUUCUUCCUCACAAAUACCGUAAUUAAUUCACCAGAAUAUGUUACAUUUUCAUCCCAUAAUAUUGAAGGCAGUGCAAUGUUACAGCUAUCCUUAGACAUGAUAUAGCCAGUAGCCACCCAAACUAGGCCUAUCUGAAAUAUGAAAUUAUCAAUGAAAUCGCCAGGUAGCCUAUUGUUCUGGCAAAGAUGCCUCCGUAGUUGAUUUCUAAACUGUAUAUUAUAUGGAUAAAUAAUAUAAAUGUAGGCCCACUCAGUUUUUGCAAAACUGGAGAAAAUAAUGCAGGUGCUUUCUGGUCACUAAUCUCUGGAUAUACUUGCUCGUCUUUACGUGCCAAUGCUGAUGACUGGUCAUUGGUCAACAAUCAAGACCUGCAACUUUUUGGUUCUGAAGCACAGAUUAGAUGUUUUUGAGACAAUAAUUUGGUAUAAUACCGUAGGGUAGGCCUAUAUUAGAAACCAGAUCAAGUAGGCAAAGGUAUAUACACUAUAUAUAAAAUACAAAUGGUAGGCUAUAUGUAGCCUAUUAAAAUAUGUAUGAAGAAUAUGUAUUUUUCCCAUUCAGUUUCAUACUCGCGACCCCCCAAAACGUGGAGAGUAAUCCACAGAGACUCUGUGCCACACAAUGAGUGAAAACAUUUUACAAAACCUAGCCAGAUAAUUUCAAGGCAUCAGUCUCAAGUCAACGUCGGGUCACGAGUCUUGAGGCUAGUAGUAGUAGUAGUAGUCGCAGUAGGAGUAGCAGUAGUAGUUUGGCUUGAAAGAUGGAUAUAUGGAUGACUAUUUGGGCAUACAGUGCAUUCUGAAAGUAUUCAGACCCCUUUACUUUUUCCACAUUUUGUUACGUUACAGCCUUAUUCUAAAAUUGAUUAAAUUGUUUUUUCCCCUCAUCAAUCUACACACAAUACCCCAUCAUGACAAAGCAAAAACAGAUUUUUUUGAAUUUGUGCAAAUGUAUUAAAAAUAGAAUACAUACAGUAAGUAUUCCGACCCUUUACUCAGUACUUUGUUGAAGCACCUUUGGCAGCGAUUACAGCCUCGAGUCUGCUUGGGUAUGACGCUACAAGCUUGGCACACUUGUAUUUGGGGAGUUUCUCCUAUUCUUCUCUGCAGAUCCUCUCAAGCUCUGUCAGGUUGGAUGGGGAACGUCGCUGCACACCUAUUUUCAGGGCUCUCCAGAGAUGUUCGAUCGGGUUCAAGUCCUAGCUCUGGCUGGGCCACUCAAGGACAUUCAGAGACUUGUCUUCCUGUUGGAAGGUGAACCUUCGCCCCAGUCUGAGGUCCUGAGCGCACUGGAGCAGGUUUUCAUCAAGGAUCUCUCUGUACUUUGCUCCGUUCAUCUUUCCCUCGAUCCUGACUAGUCCCCCAGUCCCUGCUGCAAAACAUCCCCACAGCAUGAUGCUGCCACUACCAUGCUUCACCCUAGGGAUGGUGCCAGGUUUCCUCCAGAUGUGACGCUUGGCAUUCAGGCCAAAGAGUUCAAUCUUGGUUUCAUCAGACCAGAGAAUCUUGUUUCUCAUGGUCUGAGAGUCCUGUAUGUGUCUUUUGGCAAACUCCAAGCGCGCUGUCAUGUGCCUUUUACUGAGGAGUGGCUUCCGUAUGGCCACUCUACCAUAAAGGCCUGAUUGGUGGAGUGCUGCAGAGUGGUUUGUCCUUCUGGAAGGUUCUCCCAUCUCCACAGAGGAACUCUGGAGCUCUGUCAGAGUGACCAUCGGGUUCUUGGUCACCUCCCUGACAAAAGCCCUUCUCCCCCGAUUGCUCAGUUUGGCCAGGCGGCCAGCUCUAGGAAGAGUCUUUGUGCUUCCAAACUUCUUCCAUUUAAGAAUGAUGGAGGCCACUGUGUUUUUGGGGACCUUCAAUUCUGCAGAAAUAUUUUGGUACCCUUCCCCAGAUCUGUGCCUCGACACAAUCUUGUCUCGGAGCUCUACGGCCAAUUCCUUUGACCUCAUGGCUUGGUUUUUGCUCUGACAUGCCCUGUCAACUGUGGGACCUUAUACAGACAGGUGUGUGCCUUUCCAAAUCAUGUCCAAUCAAUUGAAUUUACCACAGGGGUAUUGUGUGUAGAUUGCUGAGAUUUUUUAAUUUUUUUAAUCAAUUUUAGAAUAAGGCUGUAAUGUAACAAAAUAUGGAAAAAGUAAAGGGGUCUGAAUACUUUCCGAAUGCUGUAUAUAGCUCUUGUCAGGGCCUAUUACUGUAAAUCAAUCCCUUUGUGCAAUCUUUGACAUAUUUUCUGCUAUAGCAUUAGCCUCAAUAGGAACAGUGUUUUACGUUCACGUCCUCCAUCUUUCUUCCAGGCGCUGAGAGAUGCGCUGGUGAUGAAGUGUAAGUGUCACGGUGUGUCUGGCUCCUGCUCCAUACGGACCUGCUGGAGAGGCCUGCAGGACCUGAAGGACAUCGCCAUGGACCUGAAGACCAAGUACUUGUCAGCCACCAAGGUGGUGCACAGACCCAUGGGUACGCGCAAGCAGCUGGUCCCCAAGGACAUCGACAUCAGGCCCGUCAGAGAGAACGAGCUGGUCUACCUGCAGAGCUCUCCGGACUUCUGUGCCAAGAACGACAAGCUGGGU